UUUUUUUUGAUCAAUCCAAAAAACUGGGUCGAUAUUAAAAUGGGGGGAGGGGGGGUCCUAUGUCCGGGGGGACUGCUAAUCUUUUUUUUUCUUUUCCCCCCUCUUAUUGUUUCAAUCUUUCUCUCUCUUUUUAACCCAGCUUCCAAUGUCAACCAUGUCACCAUCACCGCCAGUAAAGGAUGCUCCUUUACAACCACCCACUACAGCCUUAAUGGCAGGAUCAGCAGGUGCAUUUGGAGCAGGUCUCUUGGGUGCUAUUUGGUAUACACAACGUAAACAAAAUAAACGCAUGGCAACUGAAAUUCUCGAAGGCACUGUCCCUACCAAUAAGUACACACCUCCCAAAUAUAUCCCUCCCGUCAUGACACCCGCCGAGAAAAUUAUUGCUAAAAAGGAAGCUUCCUUGUUUGCCUUCAAGACAUUGGGUUAUGGUACUCUAUUGGCUUGGGGUACAGCAGGUCUCUUAGCUGUCAGCGUUGGCUGGUAUUUAGAUGUGCGAAACGUAGUUUCAAGAGUUCUCGGAUAAACUCAAAGUGAUUGUACCUAAAAAGACAGCUAAUUUACGUAAAAUGCUCGGAGGCACCAAAUUGGAAAUGACAGAGGCAGAACAGCUUGAGAUUGAUACUAUUCAAUUGGAAGAUUAAGAAGCGAUUAGAAUUCACGACGUCAUUUUUUUUAUUUCUAAAAAAAAAAAAAAAAGCUUCUAAAAUAAAUAUAAAGGGGGGAUGUGCAUUAUUUUAUUUACCUUUUU